AGCACUAUGCCACUGUAAUCCAUCCAUCAUCUUUUCCUGUAGCUUGGAAAGCUUCCGGUUCAUCUCACACGUAUGUACGUGCGAGAACAGGUGGUGCGGUUCCAUUGCCGAAAGGGCAGCUAAUAAUCCAUUCGGAACACUUGCGUAACGUCUGCUUCCGAAUGCAUUCGACUGAACCGGCCUUCUGACUUGUUCGGAUGUCCUCAACGUUUUUUUACCGGUUGUUCUAUUUCCUACCCGGAUAAGUUUUUCACAGGACGUACAAUUGUCGUGUAUUCUAGGGACGCUCAACAGGCCCAGUUUCUGUCGUAUUUAAGUGUUGUCUGUCAAAGGUUACAACCACGACGACAUUUUCACCGCAAUCAGGUGUGCAAGGAUAUUAUUAUACUGCAGCGAAAGGUAUCUGUAAAGAAAUGUCCACCAUCAAUAAACGAUGGGCAUCCAUCAAAUCCAUGGUCAAAGAAAAGAAAGUCGUCGUCCUGGCGCGCAACCAAUCACCGUCCCCGUCGCCCACCCCGAAAAAUCGCAGUCAAUCAUUGGCCGACGGCCCCCUGGGCACUAGUCCCCAGAAUAUGCCGCGCUUCCAAAUUCCCAAAACCAUCACGGAAGUCCGCAGUGACCGGGAGAGUCUACAGCGCAAAUCCACAUCAAAAUCGCCCAACCGCAAACUCCUUCGUCUCAACACCGAGCACAACCUGCUCAGCCAGAACAAAUCCGCCCCCUCCAGCCCGGUGGUGACCCACCCGGUCAAAGUCAACGACAAACGCCGCCUGACCAUCGCCCCCAUGGCCCCCAUAUAUCCCAACUCCCGCGCCACCAGCCCCAGUUCCAAAUCGCCCUCCCCGAAGCACCCGGGGGAGUUUAUGACCCAAAGGUCACGGCGGGCCUCCUAUGCGCCGGCCUUCAUCUCCAUCAACGUGCAGAGCGUGGAAGAGGAUGAGGAUAGUCAGGAUAAUGCGCUGAAGAUCGAUGAGAAUAUCAAUCUGACAUUGUCGCCGUCGUUGAACAGUAUGUGUGAUCCCAAAUACUGGGACAAUGCCACACCGGAUUAUGCCCUGCGCCUGAAACCGCCACAACGGGACCGCUUGUAUAGUAGGCGCCGGUCGUCAGCGCUGUCGAAUCUCUCGUCGGAGGACAACAAUCUCUCCCGCUCAACAUAUAGUCUGUGUGAACGCGAUCUGUACAGGGAAUCCAAGGAGAAGAUACUGAAUUUCCGGCGUCUGUCGUUGGCGCCGCAGUUGGCGAUUUCGCAGAUUGCCAUGCAGAAACCGCGGCGUACGCGUAGUGCUAAUAAACUAGAAGCCAAAUUAAUCGCCGACAUGGGCGAACUAAAAUUCUCCGUACGGUAUUUUGCCGACUGGCCGGGACUCCGGGUGACGGUGAUUCGUGGGGAAAAUAUUGGGGGGAAAAUAAAAAACGAUGCUCAGGUUAAUUCGUUUGUGACGGUGUGUUUGUUACCGGGAAAGCAGCAAAAGCAAUCGGGAAAAAUACAAAAGGGAACAAAAAAUCCCGUGUAUAAUGAGGAGUUUGAAUUUAUGGAUAUGGACUGGGAGACGCUGGAGCAUCAUUUACUACGUAUUAGUGUACAGAAUCAGAAAACAUUAAAGAACGACGAUCUGGGGGAAGUGCUGCUUCCGCUACUCCGGCUUGACCCCGAUGUGGAUAACCGCAUGUGGAAAGACUUACGCAAAAAGUGCCAAAAUCCCAUGCAGGAAAGUGGUUAUCUGCAGAUCCGUACCAGAUUUAGUAAACAGACCAAAAAACUUACCGUGCUGGUCAUCAAAGCUCAAGAUUUACUGCGCAGUUCACUAAUCGGACCACCCGACACCUAUGUGCGUCUCGAGGUAAUACAAAAUGAGCGCAAACUGGACCGGAAGCAGACGAAGCUGGUAAAACGUACAAAAAAUCCCAUUUACAAGGAAGCCUUUUCCUUCGUGCUGGGCAUCUCUCUGGAUGAAAUUAAACAUACCACCGUGGAGCUGACCGUCUACGCUAAAGAGAAUCUUUUUGGUUCGGCAGCGCUAGGACAGGUAAUUCUGGGCUACGGCAGCACCGAAGAAUCUGAACUACGUCACUGGUCGUUGACCAUGCGGGAAUAUGGGAAGGAGUUCACCAAAUGGCACGCAUUGAUGCCUAUUGAUGACAAGGAAACCUGAUCUGGCGGCGGGUGAGCGAGAACGGGAGAAAAAAUUGCCGCCCUCAUGUUCUUUCCUCUAUAUGCGGAAUUAUCUGUCCCACGCAUUCCCGUGAGAGAGAAUUGGGUCUGAUUAAUUUUUCCAACCGUUGUAAUAAUUAGCUUUUAAGACGCCUGUACAGAAUAUUCAUUGGAGAUGUGUAUAUCCCGUUCUAUUCAGUAUUUUGUGAAAGAGGAGUUGCUGACGCAUUCAGCUAUCCCGAUGCAAAAACGAAUCGAUAUGUAAGCUGUGUUCCGGACAAGAAGCAAUAAUGCUCUUUCUGAUUAAAUUCAUAUUCAAAUCCAUUCCACGUAUACAUAUUGCGGCGCAGGUAGGCCGACAAAUGCUGUAUCUUUUUUAACAAUAUUUCUCUUUCCUUUGAAUGAACCCUUUGUAAUGCCGAAAUGCAUUUUGGUAGCGAUAACUAACAAUAGCCA